AUGGAUAUUGCUGUUUGCUAAAAUCCCAAUCACGAUAAUUAACGUCUUAAAUAUAUAUGUGUAGAUCCAAACUGUUAAGUUUAGAAAAAAAUAGGUAUUAAUUCUUAUACUAUAAUUUAGGUUGUGCUGAUUGUUUUCUUGAUGAUCAUAUUACUCAUAUUAGAAAAACAACUACUCAAUUUAAAGAGUAAGUAAGCUAAUCUAUUGAAACAAUUUCUUAAAUUGAAUUCGAAAAAAUGUAUUGCUCUCCGUAAAAGGAUUUGGAUAGUAGAAUCGAUUUUGAAUUAGAAAAUUGCAUUGAUUGUAUUAAAUCCAAAUUUUCAUCUAUUAAAAGUGAUUUAAAAUCAUAAAUUGAUAGUGAUAUGUAAAAAGUUUAAGAGAACUGUUCUUAAUUCCAAUAAAAUAUGAAUAAUGAAUUAGAUUCAUUCAAAAUCACUAUUAAAAAUGAAUUACCUUCUUUGAAUCAUAAUGAAAUUAAUUAAUUGGUUAAAUUUUAUUAAGAGGCUCCUAAAAUUCACAAACAUUAUUCUAAAGCAGCUGAACUCAUACAAGAUGAAAAAUCAAGAGUAAAAUAAAAAAAAUAAAAAUACUUAAUAAAAAUGAAAAGUAUAAUGCAAAUAUUACUAAAGGAGUUUAAUGAAUUAAUGACAUCAAAGAAUGUAUAAUUUGAUGAUGGUAAUGAUUAUGAUACUCCUUAAAAAUAAACAAUGUCUCCUAAUAAAAUGAUAAAUCUUGUAGAAACAGCACGUUCUUCAAGACGUUUUCCUAUGUCUUAAUAAUAAAAAAAAUAUUUUUUAGCUGCAGUGACAAAAAAGCUAGAUUGA